AUGAGCCUUGCUAACAAGCCUAAGAAGAAAGGCCUUAAGAAGAUGCAGGCAAACAAUGCCAAGGCAAUGUGUGCACGUGCAGAGGCCAUCAAGGCCCUUGUGAAGCCCAAAGUGGUCAAACCCAAGAUGCCAAAGGGUCCCAGCCACAAACUCAGCCUUCUUGCUUUCAUUGCUCAUCUCAAGCAUGGGAAGCAGACUAGAAGCUGCACGCCCAAGGGUCGUAGACUUUGCCAACCAAAGGCCAACACUCAAACCAAGGUAGAAGCCACAGCUCCAGCUCAGACCCAGGCUUCAGCUCCAGUUCAGACUCCCAAAGGUGCCCAGGCCCCUAUGAAGGCCCCAUAG